GUCACCAGUUGAUGAGAUGGCACAGAGUGCUGAGGUCCAGCCAAGCUUUGAAGACAUUUUUAAUAUUCUAUCCCAGGUCCCAGCAGAAAAGCUCCUUAGCCUCAAACAUAAACUGAAGCAUUUAAUAUUUGCGCCCAGCAGUAAAUUACUGCAAGCCAUGGUCCUACUUACUCUGGGACAAGAAGCAGAUGCACGAAUUUGUCUGAAUGCUCUGGGAGAUAACCUGGCAGCCCUGUACAUCCAUCAGACCAAACUAGGCACUGCAGCAGUGCAGAAAGACGGUGGUAAUUCACAGCACCCCCAGCUAGAUGCAGGUGCCAUGGCAUUUCUGGCACAGAUCUACUUGCUGCUGGCAAAUGAAAAACUGUGCAGUCAUGAAGCUGUGGUCAAAGCUGAACAGGCUGCUAACAAUGCUAGCAGGGAUGCUCAGAGAGACACACUCAAUAGCAUCCCAGUUGGAGAUCAGGAAAGAUAUGGCUUAGCUAUCAGCACUGUGGAUUCAGAUAGCAAGUUUCGGACACUGAGAUCUGAUGUGAGCACAGGAUUUCUCCGUAUGACUAGCCCAAAUAACACCGUGAAAAGUUCCCCAAUGAAGAUUAGAAAAACCUCAGACCUUUCAGGCACACAGACCUUGCAAUCCUCAGGGAUCUCCGAUUCCUUCACCAGUCUCCUGAUCAGUCAAUCACCAACAGCUAUUUUUUGCACACCGACUCCUUCCUGUCAGUCCAGUCGGCUGUGUGAAGUGAGCACCAGUGAUGCUGGACAGCCUGAUGGAGAGAGACAGAGCCACAGCCUGCAGGAAACUGGCAGGGCCAGCAGCCCCAGCAGUCAUUCCAGGCAGGACACAAAUCCCCAAGUCCCCCAUCUGGGGAAGACACUGCAGGUCAGUUCCUCUCGUCUAUCUCUCCCUAUUGUUGAAACACAGCUGCCCAUACUGGGUGCUGUGGGCCAACCUGUUGAGAGUAAUGAUAUUUCUAGCACAGUGAUAGCAGAACCUCAGGUACCAAAAGAAAGCAGAGACCAAAAGCAGAAAUUAUCUACAAGUCUUCCCUAUUCAAGAAUGACAAUAAAUACUGGUCCUGCCUGCAUACCCAUAGAAGACUCCUACAUUCCAGCAGGAACUUCCAACUCUGCACCUGCUUCCACUUCAGUUUGUUCCUUUCCUCCUCAAACCUAUUUCUCUUCAGCCAUUCUCCGUCCUCUUCAGAGCAUUCCUUACAACGUACCAUUUCCCCCUCCCCUCCACUCAUCUCCCUCUCCAACUGGCCCUCCUCCUUUAAAAACUGUGGAAGCAUCAUUGGCACCAGAGCCCAAUGGUGAAAAGAAAAAGUUUUUCACUUUUGUUGUUCUACAUGCUUGGGAAGAUGAGCAUAUUGCCUGUCGCAUCAAGGACCUGCUAGAGAACAUGGGGGUUCCCAAUGGUGCCACAUUCUGUGAGGACUUCCUUGUUGCAGGACACAACCAGCUGACUUGCUUUCAGGAUGCUAUGGAAAACUCUGCUUUCCUUAUCCUUCUGCUGACCAAGAACUUCCUGUGCCACCAGUGUAUGUUUCAAACAAACUCAGCUCUGAUGGAGUCCAUCCAGCGACCUUCCAAGCACAACUCUGUCAUUCCUUUUGUACCUAAGGAAAACCCACUGGAGCGGAGUCAGAUUCCCAGCAUGCUCAGUGUGCUGGUGGCCUUGGAUGAGAACUCUCCUGUGUUUGCCAGGACAGUGCAGAACACCUUUACCCCCGAGAAGAUCAAUGAAAGGAAAGCCAUGUGGUGCCAGAUACAGCAAGUCCAAGAGCAGAAAAGGAAACUAGAGCUAUAUCAGGAUCACUGCCAAACACUGCAGAAUUUAGGUGCUUUGACCCUCGGUUCCCUUCCCCAAAUGUCUCCAUCAGCUAUGCAGCUGAAUCAGUCAAGCCUAGAGCAGCUGCUGGAACAGCUCCUGCCUCUCCAGUCAUCCCAACAGUGCCAUCCCCCAGUGUCUGUCUCUGCUGCCACACGCCCACUUCCCCGGGCUGGUCAUCCCACAUCUGCUCAGGUGGGUCCCUCUCCUUCCCAACCACUUAAUCUCCCAUCAGGCCAGCACUACACAACUACAGAUCCAGGAGGUGCCCGUUCCAUCAUCAUCCAACAUGCUCGAAUGGUUCAGAUUGGGAACCACAACACAAUGCAUGUGGAAACUGCUGCCCCAGGUCCACAGGACAGUGAGGAAGAAUCCAGGGAGAAUGCUUAAUCAGAGAUGCAGAAUGUCAGCCAGAGACACUCACUCUUCAUGUCAAACCCUAGGUUAUAGAGAUUCUGCUGGAAAUGGGACUAUUCUGAUUUCACUGGGGCCUAAUAGCCUCUAUUUCUUGAGCACGGGAGAAAACUGCCUUCUUUUACAAAGAGGUUGUCACUUUCUAAGACUACUAUCCAUUUGCUUAUUUUCCUUUAACUGAGAAUACAAUUUUCUUGAUUUUCUGAGGAUUAACUGAAA